CCUGUAACUGGAACAGACAGGACCUGGUUGCAGACGGAGAGGUUGUGGUUCCAGUCAGAUUCUGGUUUGUUGUUGUGUUUCCAAGUUAAACUUUUACUCACUUGAUCUUGGCCAAAAGGCCAAGAAACGACCAGACAAAGGGGACAAAAUAUAUAUUAUAUAUCGAUAUCCUGCCACAACCCUCUGAGAACUCAGCAUUUCCACAUCUCUGAACUGUGUGUAAAGAUUCUGUCAUUCCCAUCAUGUUCCUCCUGAUCUUCACCAUAGCAGUUGGAGCUCUCCUUUAUUACUACUUUUUCUCUGCGAACCCCAAGUCCAUCCCAGAAGGAGAUGGCUGGUGGGGAGCCAGCCAGCGACAGGAUACAGAGGAGGAUGAAAAAAUCCACCCAUUCACAAUUGAAACAUCAGAGGAGAUGAUCCAGGACCUGCACUUUCGCCUGGACAAGACUCGCUUCACUGCACCAUUGGAGGACAGCAGGUUUCACUAUGGUUUUAACUCCACCUACCUGAGGAAGGUGGUCUCUUAUUGGAGGAAGGACUAUGACUGGAAGAAGCAGCUGGAGUUUCUAAACAGUUUCCCGCAUUUCAGAACCAGAAUUGAAGGAAUUUAUAUCCAUUUUGUCCAUGUGAAACCUCCCCACCUGCCCCAGGGACAGACUGCUGUGCCACUGAUGAUGAUCCAUGGCUGGCCAGGGUCUUUCUAUGAAUUCUACAAGAUCAUCCCUCAACUGACUGAUCCAGCCAGUCACAGCCUGAGUGAGCAGGAAACCUUUGAGGUUGUCUGUCCAUCCAUCCCAGGCUAUGGCUUCUCGGAGGCGCCAUGCAAGAAAGGCUUUGACACCAUUGCUGCUGCUCGUGUGUUUUGUAAGCUCAUGCGGCGUCUGGGGUUUGAUAAGUUCUACGUUCAGGGUGGAGACUGGGGUGCCCUGAUCUCCACUAACAUGGCCCAGAUGAAACCAGAGAAUGUUAAAGGAAUCCACUUGAAUUUCUUCCCGGUUUCCAGGAUGGGAAUGAACGUACUUCCCUCCCUCCUCCUUGGGAAGUACUUGCCUUCCUUGGUUGGAUUCACACAGACUGACGUUAAGCGAAUAUACCCGUUUGUUAAACAGAAUGUCCAUGAUUUGCUGAAGGAGACAGGCUACAUGCACAUUCAGGGAACUAAACCGGACACUCCAGGCUGUGCGCUGAAUGACUCCCCGGUGGGUUUGGCUGCUUAUAUACUGGAGAAGUUUUCAACCUGGACCAGCAAAGAUUUCCGGGAUCUUGAUGAUGGAGGGCUCACGAGAAAAUUCUCUCUGGAUGAGCUUCUCACCAAUGUGAUGAUCUACUGGGUGACAGGCUCGAUUACCUCCUCCAUGCGCAUGUACAAAGAGAACAUGGGGAUAGAUUUCAAGAACCGGAUUGAUGCCAAAGUCGGAGUCUAUGUUCCUGCCGGAUUAGCUGCGUUUCCCAAUGAGUUGAUGCACAUCCCACUGGUUUGGGCCAGGCAGAAGUACAAGAAGAUUGUGACCUUCUCCUACAUGUCCCUUGGGGGCCACUUUGCAGCCUUUGAGGAGCCUGAACUGUUGGCUGAGGAUCUCCGGCACUUUGUCCAAACUGUGGAAAAGAGCAGCUGAAAAUUCCAGAUCAGCGUUUUGGUGUGUUUGGUAAUGUGAUCCCUGUACCUUGGGGAAAGUGAAGAGCUAUCUUAUAAUCAGUGCCAGAAACCAGCCUCUCUCAUUCACAAGCUUAAUAACAUUUAAUCACUGAAGAUUAGAAAAUUAAACACUUUCUACCCUACUGAAGAAGUUGGGUUCAGUUUUCACUGUCAGAUCCUGUUUCUGAUUUCCUUUAAAUUAUUCCAAUGACAGAUUGGGAAAUAAAAAAGACAUUCCUGAAAA